UGCAGUACCACGAAAAGAAGCGACUCGCGCCGCAGCGGAAAGCACGUAUGAAUCUCUCGUCCGUAAUCAUGGGAGACCUUGUUAUUUCGCUUCUUCUUCUCGUCAGGGUCUAGUGUGCGGACUCACAUCCGUGUUCGUGUCUAUAGUGAGCGCGUACAACUACGAGUGAUAAUUUCGCCCGUUUCUCUUACACAUGUUGGCGCUAUUCGUUCGUUGCCGUGGGAAGUAACGUGGGACAAACGCCGACAUUUAUUUCGCGACACACUAAGCAUUUUUUUCCCUUGUGCCGUCGUGAUUCACGGAGACUAGUUCAUCGUGUGUGCUAAAACAUUACGUGUUUUCGCGCGAAGGCGCUCCCGCUCUAAACAAAUCUAAUUGUUUCGCGACUCACGGUUUUAAAGCGACUUCGCCGAUCGAGUGCUUGGCUUAUUCAUUGACGGUACGAUAAUCACUGGUCGUAGUGGAAGUGCCACUUAUGACUCGCCCGGCUUCGAGGAUGUAAGAAUUUCUCAUAGAGUAAGACCUUUUGACUCCAGCAUGACCAAGUCUCUGGAGAGAUAAUGUAACGGGACUUUCGCUGUCGCUGCGGUGAGGCAACAAUGUCCACACAAUGCAAUCGCUUCGUGCAAAACGCCUGGAAGAAGGAGCUCUGUUCGAAUUGUUUCAAACCGAAAGAGGAGCACGCGGCGGCUGAUGAAAUCUUGAGGCUCAAUGUCGAGAAGGCCUCUACGAAUUUGAAGAUCGGCAACCUCCAACUACAGAGCAUCCUACGCGGCAAGGCGAUCUGUCGGAAGGAUCAACGGAAGAAAAACGUCGGCUUCCCCGAGUUACUCACCGAAAUAAUCGGUUACGGCGGAGACGAUUUCUUCUCCGAUGGUGAAGAAGACAAUGAUGAGUUCCACGUCGAUUCGGGCGCGAGUCCGGAGGACGACGGAGUGCCGGACAGCGAGGAGGAACGCGCGUUGGGCAACCUGACCCGCGCGAACACGAACUUCAACACAAUCACCGCGAAUCUCACGGAUUCGGGAAAUAAUGGGUCGAACGACGCGAUCAAGUCGUCCACGACGACACCCCCGAAGACCUUCGCUUCCUUGAUGCUAGGCAGAAUACAGAGAGACGCGGACGGCAGGAAGACGACCCUGUUGGUGUCGGUGACACCGUUCGGCGGGGACGAGUCUGUGCCCACCGCGAAGAGGCCUAUCGAUCGGAAGAUCAACACAAUUAACUUGCAAGCCAGUCCGUUCAAAUGCAAGUCCAGCAAUGGAGGAUUGUCAGAUAACACGGCCGAAGCCGCGAAGAAGCUCAACGGAGCGGAACGGAAGAAGACCGAUGAGCAGGAACAAAAGCAUCCUCCGGAACUGGAGAAGAUCGUGGACAUGCCGUUGAUCACGUCCGCCAAUAUGAUCACCAUUGUUCGGAAGGAAAGCUCGAUGGACGCCGCCAGCGUGGUGGACGCGGAGAAAGCGGCGGAGAUGACGCAGAGGUGCGCGCAACUCUGCAAACCCGACAAGAGAAACGCCGUCCUCCCUCGCAACGGUGUCCCAACGGUGAAAAAGACUGAAGCUGAGGCGUCAAAGAUAUCCGCGCAAUCCGCGCUGAACAACGUAGGAGAGAGCGACUGCGUGAAGAGGACGGCGAAGAAGAGCGAUUGUCCAAAACGCGAAGAGGAGGCAGAAGGAGUCGAAGUCGCUGGGACGCCUUCGAAGAACGACGAGGCACCGGAGAGCGAUCGUUCGAUGAACGUCGCCUGCAAGGACACCAACGAAGUCGACGACAACACCAAGAUGAACUCGUCGUCGCAAGGGCGCGAGGUUGAGGGGCAAUACCAGACUACGGAGAAGAAAUUCUGCUUCGAGAGCAGCCGAGAACUCGCAGGAGAGCCGGAUGGCAAAGCGGACGAGGAGGAAAUGACGGAACCACCGGCGUUGCCGACCAGUCCGCCGCCGAUCGUAACCACGGAGCCCAGGUCUUCUUUUCUGCACGGUGGCGUUAUUAAUGAUUCGAAAGCAAAACCCGCGGUGCCGCAGAAGCCCCUGACCUUUUCCGCGAAGGCGAGCCCGUCCGAUGCUCCGCUCACCGUGAGGAAAAUUUCCAACGGCGACUACGUGCUGCCACCGCCGUCGGUUCAAAAUGUCGCCAGUAGACCCGUUCAGAAUUUAAGCACGCAAGAGAUAGGCUCGCGACAUUCAACGAAGAAGAACGAGAUCUCAUCAGAGAUCGAGCAAGUCACUUCGAACGCGAAUCAAAAUGCGGAACCGGAAAGCCGAACGAAAACGUCGUUGAAAUCUGCCAUCACACCAUUACCCGCUUCUAUGGUAACAUUGUCAACGCUGAGUCUGCCGAAGAGUCCGAUGGAGAACGGAGAAGUAGACGAGAACGUCGCGCCAGACGAGGACUUCGCGGAGGUGACUCCGGUUUCCGUCUCCACCAUGGAGCUCGUACGCUCACCGAACAAGAGAAGGAUGGCCCCGAGACCGCCGGCCGCGGAAUCCACGGAGGAACUUGUACCGGUCUCCUCCUUGUUCGCCAGAAAUCCAGGAGCGAAUCUGAAGUCCGAUUCACCUGUCGUACGUGAGAAGGAGAAGCGCGAGAGAUCGUCCUCGUGCAGUCCGAAGUUCCGCAAGGCGGUUUGCGACCUGCCGGACCCGACGAAUGCCAGCGCGAAGCAAACGAUCGAGACCGUUUCCAGAAGAACGAUGUCGCAGGACAGUUUGACAAGCGAGAAGGAGGUGCGGGAGGAGAAGAAGAGAGGCAGGAACCGGAGGGGCUUCUCCCUGAAGAGGUUCCUGAGGAUGGGCUCAAGGAAGGACAUAGACAUGGUCACCGGACAGACGUCGGGCGCGAGGACUGACGAGAUACCGUCGACACCACAGCCGAAACCGAGGUUGGAGAUCAUCCAUCCUCUGGAGCUGGAUGGCGCCGCGGUGGAGGUGGUAGGAAACGACAGAACUGUCAGCAGGAUCGGCGAAGACCAGACGGACUCCUGCGGCGCCAAGAGCGACGGAUCGAAGGCUACGCGAUUUCCUCCGCCGUCAGCGGCGAGGCCCGGGAAACCUCCUCCGCCACCGAGGAAUCAGUCCCUAGAGGAUUGGUCGAGGUUGGACCCGGCGAACAAACCGGUCAGACCGCCGCCACCUCGCGCUGAGGCCAAGCUGAACGUUCCUGCCAGGAGCGACAAGACGUCUUCGAAGUCCACCUGGAGGCCGACGGCCACGACGACCUCGGACUCGAUUUACGCGAAUCUGGCAGCGGAGGAUGUUACAGGUGAGGUACGCAGCGCCCUGGCACCCUCAAAACCCCAAAGAACCGCCAGUAUGAGAGACCGAGCCAUCUCCCAACCUGUCCCGAAGAGGCACGGCGCGUCGGCCGACAGUCAGCAUCAGGAUUACGAUGGACUCGCUGUCGUACGACCCACUUCCGAUUCACCGACGUCCAACGACAGCCACGUGUACGAAUGCCUCUCGAGCUCGCCCGAGUGCGACUCGAAUCUCGAGCUACGACACGGGGUCGGAGGCGGAUUCCACGCUGCCUGCAAGAGGAAGUCGGACAGUAGCGUGAUGGAGAACGGGGCGGAGAUGAAAUUCCAUCAUCAACCGUUCGUCAGGUCGACCUCGUUGCCGUACUGCGGCAGCGAGACCGAGAGCGAGCUUUACGCUCCGUACACUUUUUACGCGGGCGAUGAGGGUGCAGAGGAGGAUCAGGACUGGAAGAGCAGGGACGACGAGCCGAGGAUGAGUCGCUUGAGGCAACGCAGAGGACGCAGCAUCGUUCAUCGAAGUCUCGAAGAUAAUUAUGGAGCGGUGGUCGUAGCGAAUCACGAGGCGCUCGCCCAAUUCCUCGAGCAGGAAAAUCAAACGAUGCAAUUGCCGGUAGGUCUACGCGCUCUGAAAAACGCGAAUCCACGGUUGAAACACUUCAGUGUUGACAUUCUGACAUCAGUCUCCAUCGGCAGAAGAAUAUUCUACACAGCGACGUGGAACGAUCAAAACGUCACGCUGUGUAUAACAUUCGAUCUAGCCGUGCCUACGCCGCAAAGGGACUUUUAUCUGGUGCCUAUAAUAGAAUUUGUAGAUACAGUACCGAAAGAGAUUAUCGAGAAGGUCCGAUCAUCCGGUAAUGAGGAUAUGGAAGCGACAAUUUUGGUUCUCCCGCGUUUGCAUGUAACCACUAUACAAUUGUUCGGGACAAUGUCGAAGGACGUGAACAACGAGAGUGCAAACAGGGAGGCUUCGUUCGUGCUGCUUCAGCUCGUUAGCGCCCUGAAGAGUCUUCAGGCUCGUGGGAUCGAGGACACCAGCAAGUCCCUGAACGACGUUAUACUCUGCAGAGAAGAUAAGGAUGUUUGUUAUCGGCUGCAUCUUCUGCAAGGGAGGUUAAACAUAGACCCGUGCGAUGAACCUGGCGAAGAACGGGUCUCGCUUUGCGAGUGCGCUUUAAUAGCGCUGCAGCAGUUACAUCUCACGAACGAGCUACCACUCAUACGAGAUCUGCUGAUACGCGAGAAAGCGGUUACCCUUUCGCAGGUGAAGUCUGUAUUGGAGUUCUCGCUGUGGGGCCCGGCCGAUGUGCCUCUCGGUGGUCCACGGGAGAGGGAAGUGGCGCUUCAGAGGUGGCUCGAUCUCGAGAGAGCUAACGUGCUCCACGCUCUCGUCAAGACGAAAGCAGCUCUCACCGUCACAGAUGAAUAUCAACUAUUAUUCCUGGUGCGCACCACUGCCAAGAUUAUGAGCGAGGCGUCGGUAUUACUGGACGAGCAGCGUAAUCGUCUGACGCGAAGAGGCUGAUGUUCUCCGUUGUAUAUUUGUACCGUGUUUUGUGCAAAUGUCAAACAUAUUUGGCAAAGGAAACUUAUAUUUAUUGAUAAACGCACAAAGAGAUGUCCAAAGUAACGUCAAACGCAAAGACAAUCUGUAACAAAACCGCGCUAUAAUAACGUAAUAACUUUCCUUCUGUAUAGCUGAUACUUCGAUUUUUUUAUUACUUCUAUUAUACUUUAAGCAUAUUAUAUAUAUUUUUAAAAAUAAAAUCAUGUAAUUAGCAUAUUAUCAUGCAUAUUAACGCAAAAUUUUAAUCAUAUGUUUGUCGGUGAUGAGUAGUAUAUUUUUGUAUACACUAUAUAUAUUACUGAUAUAUACGUACCUAUAUUAUUGAUUUUUAAACAUAUCAUUAACUUUUAAUAUUAAGUAUGCCUCCGAGUUAUAUGCUAGCGCGUAUAUAAUAUUUUAUAGUAAAACAAAUAUUUAGAGAAACGUGCCAAUGCUCAAUCGAAGUGUGAUCCCGCGUAUACGGUGCGCGAUCGUUUUAGAAGUAAUUGUUUCACAUCGUUAUCAGCAAAUGACAAUUGUUUACAAAUGUUUAUAAAUAUUUUACACCAUGUUUGUAAAAAUAAACGUAUUAAUCACA